GCCCCCAGGCCCAGCUGUCCGCUGAGCAGGACCCCUGGCCGGGCAGCGAGUGGGGAGGGAUGUGGAUGGGUGUGGCGGCCCGGCCCUGACUCUCUCCCCUCUCCCCUGCCUUGCAGAAGCGCAACAGGGCCAUGACGGCCCGCAGACAGCACCUCAAGAGCGUCAUGCUGCAGAUCGCGGCCACGGAGCUGGAGAAGGAGGAGAGCCGCAAGGAGACAGAGAAGCAGAACUACCUGUCGGAGCACUGCCCCCCGCUGCACAUGCCCAGCUCCACGGCCGAGCUGCAGGAGCUCUGCAAGCAGCUGCACGCCAAGGUGGACGCGGCCGAGGAGGAGAAGUACGACAUGGAGGUGAAGGUGCAGAAGAGCAGCAAGGAGCUGGAGGACAUGAACCAGAAGCUCUUCGACCUCAGAGGCAAGUUCAAGAGGCCGCCGCUGAGGAGGGUGCGCAUGUCGGCCGACGCCAUGCUGAAGGCGCUGCUGGGCUCGAAGCACAAGGUGUGCAUGGACCUGCGGGCCAACCUGAAGCAGGUCAAGAAGGAGGACACGGAGAAGGAGCGGGACCUGCGCGACGUGGGCGACUGGAGGAAGAACAUCGAGGAGAAGUCCGGCAUGGAGGGCCGGAAGAAGAUGUUCGAGUCCGAGUCCUAGGCUCCCCGCUGCACCCCCCACCUCGCACUGGCGGGCGCCCCGGCUCCGGGCAGAGGACGGGCCCAUCGCAGCUGUCAAUAAAGGCCUCCAACCCUGA